UGAAAAUAACGAUUCAAUUUUACGCAACCACUAUAGUCAAAUGAAGCACUCUUUAGUGAUAAGAAACGUCAAAAUUUGCCGUGCAAAUAAUUAUUUUACACGUCUUCUCAAAGCUAAAUAAAUAAAAUAAUUGUAUUGAAAUGUGUAAACCGAUACUCAGAUAGUGAAGAAAGAUUGGGUAAAAAAGUUUAGAAAGUAAUACUGCUGUGUUUGACAGAACGAAAGAAAAGAAAAAUAUAAACAAAAUGGAAACGUCAUCUGUGCUGUGUUGUGUUUGUUAAAAUGUAAUUUCUCGUGCUCCUCAGUCGAUUUUAACACUAAAGGUCAUCGUUACCUGUUGUUCAUAAUUGUGUAAUGGUGCUACAAGUAUUUUCUAAUGUGACCUCAAAAUGAAUUGGUUCGAUACGUCAGGUUUGACCAGUUUGGCUAAGACUGCGCUGAAGGAGGCACAAAAAACAAUUGAUAAAGCUCUAGAUAUCCAAGACGAUAGCAGUGAGGAGCGAGAGGAUGAGCCUCCUACGCCAAGUAAGGCUAAAACAUCACCUAGUGCCAGUAAUACGCCUCAAAAUGAUAGCACGGAUUUUUUCUCUUCCUGGGGCUUGACUGUCAGUGCAGAGAGUUCUAAGGAUGAGCCAAUCAACGAACGGCCCGUGGUUACAGAGAGCCCCACCAAGUCCACAUCGCAAAGUAUGUGGGGCUCUUUUGCUGGUUCCUUCUUUGAACAACCUAAAGGUUCAGAUGCUGAAUCUGCUAUAGUUAGACCGCCUAAAGCCAAAUCUAUGAACAUCAUAGCUGAUGUUAAAUAUGGAAGUCAAGAUGAUCUCUUUUCCAAAAGUCAGCUUGUAAUGUCAGAUAAUACUGAUGUGUUGGAUUUUAAGAUAGCAAAAACAAAAGAUGAAGCAGUAAAAGUCGAUGAAAGGCGUGGAUCGUCUAGGUCAAAUAGAUUAUCACUUGUUUCAAGCAGAAAUAGUUCUGAUUCUGUGGAGGUGUUGUCACAAAGUCUGAAGACGACACCCGACUCAGAAGCAGCUUCUGGGCAGUCUAUGUCACAUAGCAGCAGUAUUGGACAAAAAAUUAAUUCUGAGUCAGUUGAGAUUUUACCUGACAGCCUUGUUAGUCCCAGUUCUAUUGAGUGCCUUGGCUUCGACAGCUAUUCCAGUGAUAAAAAUAGCAGCAGCACGUCAUCUAACCUCUCACCAUGUGAUUUAAGUGAUAAGAAGUCAACUCCAGUUGGAGACAGAACCGAGAGGGCCGAGACCGCUGAUAGUGUUAGCUUAGUAGCAGAUGAUGAUGAAGAUACUAUGUCAUACAAUUCCAUUUCUGAAUGUACAGCUCCAACUGUUUUGGAUACAGACGAUAAAUCUGCUAGUCCUUUCUCAAAGUCAUUUAGGGGGGAAAGUAGAAAAAUGAUUGAUAAAGAAUUUAUACACUUGGAACAACCAAUAUUAACUCCAAGAAUGCAGAUAAGUGAGAAUUCCUCUAAUGAUGGCUCCUGGUCAGACAGAACAUUGAACGCUGAUAAUGACAGUAUUAGUUUAGAACCUAACUUUGGGGAACCAAAAAAAGAGAUUGAGCAUGAAGAUAGUAUGUUGGUUGAAAAGCUAAGUGACUCUUCAUCAUUUUACAAUGUGAAUGUUAGAGGGGACAUGAUAAGGUCUGAGAGUUCAGCAUUUGUUAAUGUUGAGAAACAACAAUGUACUGCAUCAGAGAGUGGCGAGUCAUCCAGAAAAGAAAGCAGCAUUAAAGAGAGAACCUCUCCCAUAAGUUCUGACAGUAAAAGUGAUUUGGUCAAAAUUGGCUCUGACAGAACAUCUGGUCAUACUUCCGGUGAUGAACUAGAAACUACCACUUCAUCCGACAUUGAAAUAAUUCCAAGUCCAAAUGGUGACAAUGGACAUGGGUUUUGUAGGAAUAGUCCUGCAAAAUAUGCAUUUAAGCAAUCAAAAUUCGAUGGGACUACCUCUCCAAAUCUUGUAGACUUGGUGUUAGGGAAGUCCCUGGCUACCAAAAUACGUGGGCACAAUCGAGAGUUGUCUGAGGCUUCAGUUCAAAGUAACACAAGUGAUGAAAGUCAAGGUUCAGAAAAUGAGAAACUUAUGCGAAGACUGUGUGAGAUGGCUGAGAUCUUGGAGGCAAGAGAGAACAGACUGAUAGAAGUUAGCAGGAGUAAUGCAGAGUUGGCUGAGAACAACGCUGAGUUGAAGAGUCAGCUGGAGUCCAUGCAAGCGAAGCAUGAAGGAGGCGACAUCAGUGUCAUAACUGAAGAUUAUACUCAGAGAAUGUCUGCAUUAGAGAAGAAAUUUCAACAGGCUAUAAGAGAAAAGGAUCAGUUAAGGAAACAACUAGAUACUUUGAAGUCAGAGUCGUCGUCCCGCAAGAACUCGUCUGAGCUGGAGAAUGCCCUCAAGGAGAAGGACGAGGUGAUCUCCCAGUUGCAGGAGGAGGGAGAGAAGCUGGCGCGGCAGCAGCUGCAGCACUCGAACAUCAUCAAGAAGCUCAGGGCUAAGGAGAAGGAUAAUGAGCAAGUCAUCAAGAGCUUGAGGGAUAAAAUAGCCGAGCAGGCGAGCGAACUGGAGCGCGUAAAGCGAUCUAUGGCAGCCAAGGAGGAGCUGGAGGUGAACCAGAUUGAGGCCGUGUACCGACUCAACACUGCCAACAAGCGGCUGCAGCAGGAGCUCGCUGAGACGAAAAGCUCCUUAGACGACACCACUCAGCGUUUAGAAAGCAGUAGGACGUCCUUAGAAGCGGCUCGUCAAGAAUUGAAUGAACUACAACGAGGCGGGGCAGAGCUAACAAGAAGGAGGGCAGCUCAGGCACAGCUCGAGGCAGAAUUACGUGCCUCACAGGACCAUGCCUCGCGGGUUACCGCUGAAUUGACGCAGCUUAGGGCGGACUGCGCUAGUGAGGAGCGGCGCUGGGCCGCUCGCGAGGAAGCGUUGCGACGCGAGAUGCAGGAGCUCCGGGAAGCUUGCGCCGAAGCGGUGGCGGGGGCGGGCUCCGGGGCUGCGGCGGGCGGCGCGGCGGGGGCGGGGGCGGGGGCGGGGGCGGGGGCGGGGGCGGGGGCGGGCGGGGCGCCCGGGGACGGGGCCGCCGGCCUCCUGGCGCAGCUGGGCGGCCUGCAGCGGGCCUGCGUGCAGCGGGAGCAGCGGCACGCGCGGCACGUGGCCACGCUGCAGCGGCGCGCGGAUGAAGCCGAAGCGUCAGCGGCGAAGGCUCUAGAACGCGAGCGUUUAAUGAAGGAGGAAUGCUCCGUAAUGCAACAACGGUUGUCUGAUGCUGAAGAAGCGCUUCAAAAAACACGCCUGCUUCAAGAUCAGGCCACUAAGCUAUGUCAGGAACAUAUCACACAGCUGGCACACUGCGAGGAAUUAUUGCGAAGCAAAACUGAAGAACUAGAAGCCGUGAAGAACGAGAAGGAAGAGCUGCUAAAGGAAUGGCAGAAGAGAGUAGAAGACGUGGAGAGAAGAUUAGAAGCGGAGAGCAGCGCCCUAGCCACCGAGAGGAACAGAAACGCUAUAUUGCAGGAGCAGGUGUCGAGUCGCGGACACGUGUCGCCACACUCCGUGGGCUCCGACUCCGCCUCCGUCUCCGUCUCCGUCUCCGACUCUGGCUGGAUGCAGGACGAGGGCUCAAUGACGCCAGUAAACCUAGGCAUGGGCGUGUACACUAGCGCCAGUUCCGCGAUAGGCGUGGAACAAACACUGUCAGCCUUGAGGCGCCGCGAGGGGGAGCUGAGGUCACUGACCUCCGAGCUCAACAACAUGAGGCGGGCCCACGCCGCCCUCAGGGACACUGUGGCCCGCCUCACUGCCAACGCGGAUCAUCACCAGGUACCUAUACAUAUACAGUUCCGCGAUAGGCGUGGAACAAACACUGUCAGCCUUGAGGCGCCGCGAGGGGGAGCUGAGGUCACUGACCUCCGAGCUCAACAACAUGAGGCGGGCCCACGCCGCCCUCAGGGACACUGUGGCCCGCCUCACUGCCAACGCGGAUCAUCACCAGGUACCUAUACAUAUACAGUUCCGCGAUAGGCGUGGAACAAACACUGUCAGCCUUGAGGCGCCGCGAGGGGGAGCUGAGGUCACUGACCUCCGAGCUCAACAACAUGAGGCGGGCCCACGCCGCCCUCAGGGACACUGUGGCCCGCCUCACUGCCAACGCGGAUCAUCACCAGGUACCUAUACAUAUACAGUUCCGCGAUAGGCGUGGAACAAACACUGUCAGCCUUGAGGCGCCGCGAGGGGGAGCUGAGGUCACUGACCUCCGAGCUCAACAACAUGAGGCGGGCCCACGCCGCCCUCAGGGACACUGUGGCCCGCCUCACUGCCAACGCGGAUCAUCACCAGAGUCUCCAAGAACAGUACGACGCUUUGCUUCAAAUGUACGGUGAGAAGGAGGAACAGCUGUCGGAGGCUAAGCUGGACCUGCAUGACGUCACACAGCUCUACAAGGCGCAGCUCGACGAGCUGGUGCUACUCAAGCGGCAGGUGCAGGCGAUGCCCAGAUAGGACACGUUACUAUACUUACAGACGCCGAAAGGCAAUCAUUAUUGUUUUUCCGUUAAUCCAACACAUUAAUGGAUAUUCGCAAUUUGUACCGAUUAUCAACUAAUUUCAAUUUACUGGAUUUUUGGUACAACGACGAUCUAUUUCUAUGUGUAUGACGUCACCUCAUUACACCACCAUCGGAAAAGAACACGAACUUCGGCAGAUCCGUAUUCGCAUCGCAUCGUCAAAGUUUCUAUGGAAGCUAAGCAGCGCCUCUACUGGACGUGAGAACAAACUAGCUUUUUCCAUAAAAACUUUGAUAUUAUUAUAAAAAUACUUUCUGUUUAGUUGUUCGUAAUUGGGGUACCGAACACGGCAUACUUCAAUUCAAGGUGUUUACUUUAAAAUCAAUAAAAAUAUAUGGUGAAUUACAAAACCUAAUCUUAUUGUGUCGUUCUCGGCGGCAAAGCUGUGUAAGUUAGAAUAGAAUGGACAACGAUGACUAUAACGAUAUUAAAUGUUGCACUUAAUAUUAAUAAGAGACAAUUAAUUUCCAAGCACGUUUAAAGUUGAUGAAGGUCGCCUUUAAUAUCGCCUGAACUGAUAAAAUUAGAUAACAGUGCCAGUAUUUUGUUAAAAAAAAAUGUGUGCGUGUACUAGUGUACACACGUAAGAAGUGAAACUUCUUUAUGGCCUUAUUUUUUUCGAAAAAUGAUCUACAUGCAACUUUCCAGAAAUAUAUAUAUAGGCGUGCGCUAAGAUUUUUCAAAAACUCACCCACUAAAGGGGUAUAACUACACCUUACCUUACCUUACCUUGUGUGAAACACGAAUAUUUGCUGUCGAUACUUUUUUUUUUUAAAGUUGACAGAAGAAGCAAUUGUUCGGAUGAGGUAAAUAGUGCUCUUUUAAAAAAAAGAUGGCGCGUAACCGAAAAACGUGACGCGUAACCGAAUAAAAAUGUGACGGUAAAUUUUUUCCAACGCCGAUAAAGAAGUUUCACUUCAAAAACAGCUCGCCUCUAUUAUAACUUUAUCGAAGUUUUUCCUUUAUCUAGGUAUAUUAUGGCUGCAUUAAAUUGUAUUUAGUUAGACAUCGUUUUUUUUUGUAGAUAUUUUAGUGGAGAGAGGUAAUGUAUGUGUUGCAGUAGAAUUUAUUAUUUGUUUUCGUGAUUUUUGGCAACUUAAUUAUUUAUAAAUCUGUUAUCGAGAUGAAAUGAUCUUUGCCAUAUUAUAAAAGAAUAUAAUGGAUGACCCAGUGGUAUUACAAUUUUAAUCUCAAUAUUAUAUAUGUAGAGGGUAUACCUAUUUCCAUCAUAAUAGGGGUGAUGUCGGGGUACAGUAAACGAAAUUCUAAUAGACGGACUAAAUAGUCCGUCAGUUAGAUGAUCGAAAAAUAAUGGACACGUAUUUUUUCUUUGGGCAAUCAACCAAAAAAUGACAAAGUUCUAUAACUUCAAAAGCGCGUCAAAGUUUGGGAGUAGGGGCUCGUGACGUGACACUUUUUAGUGAAUAUUCGCUUAAAAGUGUACUCAAACGUGACGUCAUGCGACUUUUCAAAUCAAUAUAUCUCUGCAAUGUAUAUGAAAAAUAUAUAUUAUAUGAAAAAACAAAAAAUACGUGUCCAAUACUUUUUGAUAAUCUACCUGAUAAACGAAGAAAAAAAAAUUAGUCAUCAUCCCUAUUACUGUACAAUUUAUUUUUUGCAAGGUUUUGCAACAUUGUUAUUUUGUUUGUUAAGUACUAAAAUUGCUUGUAUUGUUUUUUUGACGUGACAACGUCUUAAAUUAGGUUGCGGCUGGGAGUCACUUAUGAAAAAGUGUAACGCUCGGUAACGUUACGAUGAGUCUCUCGUGUUAAGUUUAAGUUUACAUGUACAAUGUUUUAGUAAACAAAAUAUAUUUCUAUAGUUAAAAUUUGUGCAAUUCUUAUUUUCAUUCAAUUCCUUGUUACUAUUGUGCAAUUUAAUUAUAUUCAUAUCAAUAAAUAUUCUACCGAGAAAAAGACGUUGUCACGUAAAAUCUUCGCCCGUAAAACCGACUUUACAGGCAACCAUUUUUUUGUAUAAAUCUUCAUCUAUGCAUUACAUAUUUGUUACGCUAUAUUUGCUGAGGAUAUUGAAAAUGUAUUGAUAAAAAUGACAGCAAAUUUCAGUACAACGCAGCAACGGUUUGAAAAUUUUGACUGAAAACUGUAGUGAAGUGAAAAUUUUUACCUUUUAUUACCUCACUACCGCAAUAUAAAAAAAAAAAAAAUAUACUGGCAGUUUCCGAGAAUCAAUCAUUGGUAAAUGAUAAGAUCAACAGUUUAUUGUUAUAAAAAUAAAAAAGGUCGUAUCCAUUCAGAUAUUUUGCAUAACCUACAAAACAGUUAAUGUUCUCCAAUCGAAUUUCAACUUUAAUGAUUGUAUUCAUAGACCGAAAUCGAUUGCAUAAUUUUAUGCUGUCGUUUCCUGCCAUGAUGUCGUCCGCACAUUUGCUUCACAGCUCGGAUCGUGUUAUGCUGACACUUGACAUUGCUAUUCGUAUUUGCUAUUUGUCCUUUUUACAGCAGAUUGCCCUUAUCAUACGCUAUAGGGAAUGAAAAGGAGAGAUUUGUCAUGUUUACAAAUAACAAAUACGAACAGCAAUGUUAAGUGCUGUACCCCUAGCACGAACCAUUAUAAAAUUCGAAUAGUUUGCGAGUCCGAAAUGCCAUUGUCAAAUUUUGUAUGGAAUCUUGAACAGCAGCGUCAUAACGGACGCAACGAGAUCUAAAAAUCAGUACACAUUUGACAAUGGCAUUUUGUACUCAGAAACGUUACGAAUUCGAUAUUGAUUCGUGCUAUGGGCACUGGUAUUGUGUAAAUAGCCUUUAUUGUGAUACGUCAGUGGCUGCGAGUCAGUCAGGACUUUAGAGUUAGAAUAUGUUUAUGGACUUGAGCCGCGUAUUAUCAGGUGACAUGGCGAUGCAGCAGAAAUAUUACUUUAUAUUUAGUUCACGUUUCGUUGAUUUGAGUUGUAUUGCAAACGUCUUUAUGACAUUUUGGCCGCUUAACAGCAGGUGGGCCAAUGCUUGUUCGCAACAAUUUUUACUUAGAAUAACUGUUAGAAUGUACUUGAUAUUAGCUUCAAAUGAUUUAUAGACCAUCGCUAGCACGAAACUGGUCAUCUGUCAAUACGCGGCUUUAUUGUAAGUUCCUGAAAGGUGUGACCUUAAUGCUAUGUAUCAUAUUUUUAAAUGCCUUUAUUUAUAUUUUUAACUUAAAAUCAAAAUUGUUAGCAGCACAUGUCUUGCUAUCUGGAUAUAUUGUUGAUAAUUGUACUCGACGCCGGAUUUCGUGUUGUUCAAAGCACCCUUAAGAAAAUGUUGCUUAAUGCUGUGUUUUUGCUAUAGAGAAGUCAUUCACCGUAAUUGGUUGAACCUACUUAACUGGAAUUUCAACAAAAAAUAUUUAGCUGCAAGGAAUCGCAAUAAACGCAAAUCUGCUAUUAUAAGUAAACUACUUCGUUAUUAUAUCGAAAUAACACUUUAAUAAAUCUUUGAUGAUAUUUCAGGUUAGCAGUAACGAUAUUAGAGUCUGUGCGGAAAUAGAAUGGGCGUGGCGAAACACGGAACUAACAUUAAGAUUUUUAUUUGGCAAUCAAACCCAGCAAUCUGUAAAACGUCAAAGUUUUGUAUUGAUACAGAUUUGUUUGUUGUUGUGAUUUCUUGCGGUUUUUUGUAUUUAAUCAUGUCUAAAAGGGGUAAAACCUUACAAAUAUGCUACAGCGCCCUCCAAUCUAAAGCCCAUUCUCUUUCCGCACAGACUCUAGCUAAAAAUCUACAUUUAUUGUUUUUUUAUUGGGUUGGGAUUUGUCAUGCGAACCAUUUUCAUAUUAUCUGUCCCUUUUAGUAGUUGACACAGCGAUAAACAAAUAAGAUAUAUUGUUAUUUUAUCUUUUAAAUUUUAUUCCGAAAAUGAUGUACUGCAUAAAGUUUUAUGUAAAUAAAUAAUUGAG